AUGCUGCUCCACGGGUUCCGUCCAGUCUUACCGUAUUUGUACCGAUUAGGUUAUCGAGUGCUCGACGACAAACGUGAGGAUGCACGCAGGCUCAGUGAGGCGGCGCCGGCGGUAGCGGUGGCGGUGAGUGCGGGGUCGGGGGCGAGUGCCGAGCGCGCUUGCGCCUGCGCCGCCUGGUCGCCGCGCAGGCAGCCCGCGCCGCAUGAAAUACUGAGACCUAAACCACGCAGUUUAGUCACCAAUGGGUUAAAUAGUUUAUGUAAUAAGGCUGGCUAUAUGGGUCAGUUGGAAGGCAUCCGUCCCGUUAGACUGUCAGGACAUUUAUCACACCGCGACCCGCCGCAUGCUACUGACGAACUCGUGACUCUCGAGAAGGGAACGGGAAAGUGGGUUAUAUAUAUUAUAAUAUAA